GGAAAAAAAAUGUGGCAGUGGACCAUUUAAGUUUUUAAUUCCUGUUAUAUGUUUUUGCCAGUGUAAAGUAAUGUGGUCACAUGAGGAACAGGAGUGACGUUUACAAUGAAUGUAAACUGUAAAGUCAACAAUGUGUACUUAGGGAACGCUGUGUAAUGUGCUGUUGAAACUUAGCUAGGUUGUUUAUUUGUUCCUACGGCUCUGUCUUUCUGAAUGAUGGCUAGCGAGAAACCUUCUACACCUGAGAAUGUACAUCAACCCUUACUUUCAUCUAGCAAACACCACAGAGCUCUCAAGCAGCGGAAUACUUUAAUUUGUAUUAUUGUAUGGGCAGUUGUUUUGGCUACAGUUUGUGUUGUUAUUAGUGUAUUUGCAACUAGGCCAUUUUAUUCAGCAGGAAACUGCCACAGUGGAGGAAAAAAUAUAUUGUUUAUUAUUGUUGAUGACUUAAGGCCUACACUAGGAUGUUAUGGAGAUAGCAGUAUGAUCACACCUAAUAUUGACCAGCUGGCUAAAAGAGGAAUAAAAUUUAAUCAGGUGUUUGCUCAGCAAGCUGUAUGUGGCCCAAGUCGAACAUCCUUGCUUACUUCUCGUCGCCCUGACACUACAUUUACCUAUGAUCAACAUACUUUCUGGAGGACUUUUGCUGGGAACUUCAGAACUUUACCUCAACAUUUUAAAGAGUCUGGAUAUUACACUGUUAGUGUUGGAAAAGUGUUUCAUCCAGGGAAAGCCUCAAACAUGACUGAUGACUAUCCAUACAGUUGGUCCCAAGAACCUUAUCAUCCUUCAACACAGCAAUACAAAAUGGCCAAGGUGUGUCCUAGUCCUGAUGGCAAGCUUCACAUGAACCUCGUUUGCCCUGUGAAGGUUGACAGCCAGCCUGAGAGUACUUUACCUGAUAUUCAGAGCAUGCAAUAUGCUAGAGAUUUUUUAAAGCAUUUUGCAACUACAUAUGACUCUGAGAACUGUGUAAAACCAUUUUUCCUUGCUGUUGGCUUCCAUAAGCCUCACAUUCCUUUAAAAUUUCCUCUAGAAUACCUAGAUCUUUAUCCACUGUCAUCAGUGUCUCUUGCACCAGACCCUCGAUACCCCAGUGACAUGCCACCUGUUGCAUGGAAUCCUUGGAUGGAUUUGAGAAAACGAGAUGAUGUCAAAAAUUAUAAAGUUUCUUUUCCAUAUGGUGAACUUCCUGAAAAAUUUCAGAGAGAAAUUAGACAGGGAUACUUUGCAUCUAUUUCAUACAUGGAUGAUUUAGUUGGUCAGUUGUUGGGAACAUUAGAAGAAACAGGAUUUGCAAGCAACACUUUGGUAGUGUUUUUGGGAGAUCAUGGUUGGUCUUUAGGAGAACAUCAAGAAUGGUCCAAGUUCAGUAACUUUGAAGUUGCACUUCGGGUACCACUUCUCAUAUCCAUUCCACAUAUCACAGAUUUAAUAGAUGGGUUUCGGCAACCAUUUAGCUAUGUCCCAGUUAUGCGUAACACAUUUGAAAAAGAAAAUAACUCCACGGUAGCUCUUAAAGAAAGCUACCGAGAAGUCAAUGAGCUAGUCGAACUUGUUGAUCUUUAUCCAACCUUAGCUGAACUUGCAGAGAUUCCUCUUGUUCCUCUGUGUCCUCUUAUUUCAAAUGAAACAGACUUCUGCACAGAAGGCAGCAGUCUCAAGCCUCUGAUUGACAAAGCUGUGUAUGCCACUACAUCCUUGGAAGAUUCCAUCUCAUGGAAGAGUGCUGUAUUCAGUCAAUAUCCAAGACCAUCAGUGCAGCCAAUGAAAAUUAGUGAUUCACCUGAGUUAAAUGACAUCCAUAUCAUGGGUUAUACCAUGAGAACUGAUAAAUAUCGUUACACAGAGUGGAUGGAUUUUGAUCCAAAAACACUUAAAGCGAAUUGGACCAGUGUACAUGCACAAGAACUGUACCUCCAUGAAGAUGAUCCAUUAGAAGAUCAUAACAAAGCAGGAUUCCGUGAGUACAAAAAAUUAGUUGCCAAUCUUUCAAAACAAUUAAGAGAAGGUUGGCGAGCAGAACUUCCCAAAGUGCAGUAAAUACAGUUUAGACUGAAAUAUUAAACUGUGAACAUAGAAUAAAAGUAAAUUAGGUAUAGAGUUUUUUUGAAAAUGUUUUUGUGUUUAUGCAAUUUUAAUGAUGUUGUUAAACAUUUAUUGUUGUUUGUUUCAGGUUAUAGUGUUUAUUAAAAAUAUUUUUUUUUGUCAGAUAUUUUUUGAUUUUUUUAUACAUACACCAUGAACAUUGAAGCUUGCUAUUUAAUAGUCAUUCACAUACAGUGAAGAUGAGAAAUGACUUUCUUUUUCUGUUGUAGAUCUUAAUUUUAAUUCCAUUUUUGUUAUUGGUAUGAUUAACAUGCUCUCAUGGAAGAUAUAACAGUGUCAGAAGGUUUUAUCAAACAGUUGGAUAGUGAAACUAUUUUACAAAAGAAAGUAUAGUUGAAAAAUGAAAAGGUAGGCGGUUUAAAGGAAAGAUUAAAUUUAUAAAGCUGUGAAAUAUUUACAAUCUGAUUAUUUCUUUUAAAAAAUGAAUUACAUAGUAAUUAUAAAUUAAUUCUUUUA